CAAUAACGAUCCUUUCCGUUAUCCGGUACAGGCACCGAAACUGAACUGGCACAUCAUCAGCUUUCAGCUAGUCCCACUGAGUAGGAACCAGAGCAAAUGGAUCUUCAAGCUCCCUGUAACAUCUGCAUUUCAAUUUACCGGAGCAAACCGGCGCUUCACCGGCGAUUAUCUUCUCCGAAUACCGUCAGUUACCCGAUGAAUUUACUGAAACAACGCCGUAAAACGACUUCGGAGCUUCAAACGCCGGUAGCAGUCUUCCCCGGUGAAAGUAGUGGCAGCUAUUCACAGUCGGUUCAAACCCAUAAAGUCACGGUUCACGACAGACAGCGAGGACUCACUCACGAGUUCUUCGUUCCUGAGGACCAAUAUAUUUUACAUACUGCUGAAUCUCAGAAUAUAUCGCUCCCAUUCGCUUGCAGGCAUGGUUGUUGUACUAGCUGUGCCGUUCGAGUAAGAUCUGGACAAAUUAGACAGCCUGAGGCAUUAGGGAUAUCUGCUGAAUUGAAAUCUAAGGGAUAUGCUCUUCUUUGUGUGGGCUUCCCAUCCUCUGACAUUGAAGUUGAAACACAAGACGAGGAUGAGGUAUAUUGGCUUCAAUUUGGAAGAUAUUUUGCUCGUGGACCUAUAGAAAGGGAUGACUAUGCGCUGGAGUUAGCUAUGGGUGACGAGUAAGCCGUGCUAAAUGGUUAUUUAGAAAGGAGGAUCGAUGGAGUGAAGCAUGUAGACGUAUAAGUUCCACACUUCAAUUUUUGCUCGUUUGUAAUAUGUAAUGAACCCUGUCUUUGUCUAUUUUAGUGCGUUUAUGCUGUUAAUCUGAGUAGACAUUCCUCACUUUGCUUGGCCUGCGAGACUGGAAUUUUUUUUCUGGAGAUUUAUAGAAAUUGGUGAUCCAUGUUGUUGCUCUUGAGUAUUGAAACCCGUCUACGCACAUUUCCUUUUCUAGGGACCUAUUAUCAAGAAAGCUUAGAUAGUCUUUUGGUGGUGAAUCUUUCUUAAAGCCAUGUGCUUGGUUUGGUUGUUGAGCUAUUGGAGGAAGAGCAUAAAACUUACGGGAUUGGUUUUGUAAGUGUCCAAGUUUCUAUUCUCAUGUUCUCUUGGCUCCUAAAAAGGAGCCCCAUGCUCUCAAUAACAUCAAUUUAACGGAGCUUUGCCCAAGUAUUUGAGGUAUGUGACAUGAACCUUGUUUUGCCAUUCAACCCAUUCAAAUUGUGUUUCUG